CGUGUAUCAUAUCUACUCUUAUACGGAUACUGGUUCAAAUUUAAAUAUUUCAUAGAAGUAAUCAUUAUUUUCACUCAGUCUCCGAAGCUGAAAUAUCGUCAAAAUGAAUUUAUUGGUGGUCUUGUGCGUUCUCUCGGUCGCUUUCGCUGGAUCGCGCGCCGCGCCCGUACACGGCUUGGUGACACCGGUGAUCCUGCCCAAGGUCCACGUGACGUCUCCUGACGUGACGGUCGUCCGGCAGCCGUACGUCAUACACCAAACCGAACCGGUGUUCCGGCAGGUGUACUACACCGACCCGUUGACGGUGCCUUACGUGUCGCACCAUGCCGUCACCUUCCAACAGCAACCGGUCUACCACCAACAUCCGGUGUACCAGACGUCUUACCUGCCCGCGGCCGUCAACUACGUCUGAUGCGAGCGGCGCGGAUCGCGGUACAAGCCGCACGACGCGACACUUUUGUUGUAUCAUUCAAGUUGUUGUUGUAUCACAUCAGCGGUGGCCGAACGGUACCAAUUUCAGUACAUAAUCCUGUGUAAUAUGCAUUUUAUACUUGUGUUCUUACACCGAUAGUGUUACAAUGCCGAUUCGCAUUGGUCACAUUUAUCUUUGAUUCGUCUUCCGAAAGUGAAAAAAAAAACCCGUUCGGCCAUCGCCGAGAUACGCACGCAAUAUUUAUAUAUACAUAUUAUGUAUUAGAUUGUAUACUGUUCAAACAAAAUAAUCCAUCGUUUUUUUUUUUC